GGUCUAUACUGUACCAAAUUUUCUGUUCCCCAUUUGAGACGUGUGCUUGGAGGGUGGAAGGCAGACAAAUAUAGGAAAAUGGCCGAUCAACUGACAGAAGAGCAGAUUGCGGAAUUCAAAGAGGCUUUUUCGCUAUUUGACAAAGAUGGAGAUGGUACCAUCACCACCAAAGAGCUUGGUACAGUCAUGCGUUCCCUUGGCCAGAACCCAACAGAGGCAGAGCUUCAGGACAUGAUCAAUGAAGUGGAUGCAGAUGGCAAUGGAACAAUAGACUUUCCAGAGUUCUUGACCAUGAUGGCAAGGAAGAUGAAAGACACAGAUAGUGAGGAAGAGAUCCGAGAAGCUUUCCGUGUCUUUGACAAGGAUGGCAAUGGCUACAUCAGUGCUGCCGAGUUGCGUCACGUGAUGACAAACCUGGGGGAAAAGUUGACAGAUGAGGAAGUGGAUGAAAUGAUCAGAGAAGCGGAUAUUGACGGUGAUGGCCAGGUCAAUUAUGAAGAAUUUGUACAGAUGAUGACAGCAAAGUGAAAGCCUUGUACAGAAUUUCUUGUAUAAAUUUAUUUGCCUUUUAUUUGUAAUUUCUGUAAAAUGCUACAUUUUAAUUCUUCCCAACAUCUCUGGCUGUUCAAGGGAAAUGCAUGUGUAAACACCCCGCCACCAAUCCCAGUGCAUUAUCAUUUUAAUACUUUUGUCUAGCAGUCGCAAGACCAGAGGCUGGGCAUGUAGGCUGACGCUGCAUUUACCAAUCUGUCAGCUCACUAUUAGAUGUAGACGGUCAGCUGGGUGUAACCCAUCAACCCCCCCCCCCCCCUUUUUUUUUUUUCUUUUUUUUUUAAAAAAUAAUGUGGAGCAACUACCCUGCAUGGACAACGGACUAAGUACAUGUACGGGGGAAUCAACAUUGCACUAUUGCGACAUCAGUAAAUUAAGUACUAUGGGGUUUAUCAGCAGGUACUCGUACACUAGUCUUUUUGUAUUUGUUUUGUUCUCUGGGUUAUGCUUUAUAAUUGGUUGGUUUUUCUUUUCUUUUGUUUUUUUAUUGCUUAUGGCACAGCCAUGCCUCAAACAAUCCAUUCCAAGUUGUAUAUUUGUUUUCCAAUAAAAUUGACAAUUUAUCCCAAA